GAUCCCCACGUACUAAAUACCUGUCCAAAUACAUUAAUCGGUCGAAAAUCGAAAACCAUCAUCAAUGGCGGAAAAGUCUUUCAAGUAUGUGAUCGUCGGCGGCGGCGUCUCAGCUGGUUAUGCUGCCAGGGAGUUUGCAAAGCAAGGAGUCCAACCAGGCGAGCUAGCAAUCAUAUCUAAGGAGGCGGUGGCUCCAUAUGAACGCCCUGCACUAAGCAAGGCAUAUUUGUUUCCUGAAGGAGCUGCCAGACUUCCAGGGUUUCAUGUAUGUGUUGGAAGUGGAGGAGAGAGAUUACUACCAGAGUGGUACACAGAGAAAGGGAUAAGUUUGAUCCUUAACACGGAGAUAGUCAAAGCUGAUCUUGCUUCAAAAACCCUUACUAGUGCAGCUGGCGAAACCUUCAAAUAUAAAAUUUUGAUCAUUGCCACCGGCUCCACCGUUCUCAAACUGACAGACUUCGGUGUACAAGGGGCUGAUUCCAAAAACAUUUUCUAUUUAAGAGAGAUUGAUAAUGCUGAUAAACUUGUGGAAAUCAUCAAAGCAAAGAAAACUGGAACUGCAAUCGUUGUUGGGGGAGGAUACAUUGGGCUUGAGCUUAGCGCAGUACUAAAAAUUAACAACUUCGAUGUGAAAAUGGUUUACCCAGAACCAUGGUGCAUGCCUCGUCUAUUCACUGCUGAUAUUGCUGCUUUCUAUGAGGCUUAUUAUGCGAAAAAGGGAAUCGAUAUCAUCAAGGGCACAGUUGCUGUUGGAUUUACCAGUAACGACAACGGAGAGGUAAAAGAAGUAAAACUAAAGGAUGGAAGGGUGCUGGAAGCAGAUAUUGUGGUAGUUGGUGUUGGAGCAAGGCCCCUUACAAAUCUAUUCAAAGGACAGGUUGAAGAGGAGAAAGGUGGAAUUAAGACUGAUGAAUUUUUCAAAACUAGUCUCCCGGAUGUAUAUGCUGUUGGUGAUGUCGCUACUUUCCCUAUGAAAAUGUACGGUGAUAUCAGAAGAGUUGAACAUGUUGACCAUUCCCGAAAAUCUGCAGAACAAGCUGUCAAGGCCAUUUUCGCUAGUGAGCAAGGGAAGAAAAUCGAUGCUUAUGAUUACCUUCCCUACUUCUAUUCUCGUUCGUUUGAUCUAUCAUGGCAGUUUUACGGUGAUAAUGUCGGUGAUGCUGUUAUCUUCGGAGACCAUGAUCCAGCAUCAGCCAAGCCAAAGUUUGGCUCAUACUGGAUCAAGGAUGGCAAGGUUGUGGGUGCAUUUCUUGAAGGUGGUGCACCUGAAGAGAACCAAGCCAUAGCCAAAGUUGCCAAACUCCAACCCUCAGCCUCGAGCUUGGAUGUGCUUGCCAAAGAAGGUCUUGAAUUUGCCAGCAAGAUCUAACAACCUCGAUACAAAUUUGUACGCAUUUGAUGCCAUAAAAAUUUGAGUUUCGAAAACUUGGGUUUCGAUUCAUUGGCUUCCGUUACACAAAGCUAAACCAGAUCUUCGAAUACAAUGUGUUUUGGCAUUUAUGGAUUGCUUUAGAGUGUGUUCAUGUGACAUUUGCAUCUUAAUUUGGUUGUAAUCUAUGUCUAAAAAACAUAUAGAUAAUUCAUUUCUUAUGUUUGAAUCUUGAAGGGGUUGUUUCCUAACCACUUACUAUGUCUUAAUGGACAAGAGGCGUUUACCUGGUUAGAGAU